CUGAGCUCUCAGGCUCCGCCCCUCCUGGGACCGUGUGGUUGCUAAGUGACCAAUCAACUGUUGAGUUUCUGUCUGAUGACAUCAACAACUUGUCAGGCUUCAUCGCCACCUACAGCGCUGCCAACACCGCCAACCUGACAGGUGAGCAGAAGCUGUCCUGUACCUUUGAGCAGGGUAUGUGCUUCUGGCAACAGCAGCAGGACAAUGACGGCGACUGGAUUCGAACACGCGGCUCCACGUUUCCUCCACUGAGUGGCCCGAGCGUCGACCACACGCUGGGGAAUGCCUCCGGUUUCUACAUGGUCACUCCUCUGAGUCCCGGCCAAUGGCUGAAGAGCUUCAGGAUCCACAGUCUCCCUCUGACUCCGCCGACACAGCCCCUGUGUCUCAGCUUCUGGUACCACAUGUUCGGAGAGGAUGUCCACCGUCUCUGCGUCCUGCUGUCUCAGCCCAACGUCACUGUGGUGUUCCAGAAAGAUGGUAACUAUGGGGACAGCUGGAAUUACGGCCAGGUGACCCUCGACCUGACGGCAGAGACCACGGUGGUGUUUGAAGCCCUGAAGGAGGGCGGGAUGAGGAAUGACAUUGCCCUGGAUGACAUCACUGUGACCUCUGGUCCGUGUGGCCCUGCCCCCCCGGAACCUACCAACGUACCACCUCCAACAACCACGCCCCCGAUACCAGCUGACUGCGGAGGACCCUUUGACCUCUGGGAGCCAAACUCCACCUUCAGUUCACCAAAUUACCCACAAUCCUAUGGGAACAAGGCUCAGUGUCUCUGGACGCUCCACGCCGCCGACGGGCAGAACAUCCAGCUCCACUUCUUGGACUUCGAUGUCGAAGCGACCCAUGACGUCAUAGAGGUGCGGGACGGAGUAGGGCCGAACUCCACCUCACUGGCCAUCCUGACGGGCAGCGAUGGCCCCGCCCAUGACCUGUUCUCAACGACCAAUCAAAUGACAGUGUGGAUGUUCACAGACAAAUCGGGUCACGGACGCGGAUUCAGAGCCAACUUCAGCUCCGGGGUCAACCUGGGCUCGCCAGCUGCGUGCGCGGGCGGUCAGUUCCAGUGUCACACAGGAAGCUGUAUCCACAGCAACACUCAGUGUGAUGGCAAGGUCGACUGUCCUGACGCCUCCGACGAAGCUGACUGUGUUGUGCUGGGGCAGAACAGUUCCAGUCGUCUCCAGUUUCAACUGGUUUCCUCUCUGCUCACCGUGUGUGCCGACACCUGGAACCCUCACCUGUCUGACUUCACCUGCCAGUACCUGGGAUACAG